GAUAUUAAUAUUAUGAAUAAAUUUUUAAUCACAUUAGCAAGAAUACCAAAAUGUUAACCAAGAUUUGGGUUUGCAGAUAUUUUGAAGGAUAAAGAUAAAGGUGACGAGAGAGUUUAUUUCACAAAAGAAGAUUGUAUACUAUAAACUUGAUUUUAAUAGAAAAAUUAAUGUAAAAGUUACUCAAGAAAAUGAAAGAAAAUAAUGAAAAGCCAAAAUCUGGUGGAAAUGAUAAAGAUGACAAGGAAGAUUUGCAAGUAUAUUUGAUAUUUAAAUAAUAUAGAAAAUAUUUUCCAGAUAUAAGAUUAAUUACACUGAUGCUUUGGUUGAAGAAGUCUUAAAUUGGAAGAGAGGAGAUUGAUAUAUAAUAAUAAUAUAUAAAAUAAAGAAGAAUCA